CGAUAUCGAGGGGUCCAUUGCUUCACCCAAAUUGACAUCUUUUCUGUUGCAAGUUUUGGUCACUGGGCUCAUACCGGCCCUACACUCGCCCAACAUGUUCAAGAAGGAGUUCCAGCCCGGCGCUAAGUCAAAAGUCAAGUCGUCUGCUCAGAGAGCAAUACGCGCCAAGAUCGUGGAAACAUAUCCUCUCAUCGAGCCCUACAUUGAUCAGAUUAUGCCCAAGAAAGAGCAACUCGAUGUUACAAAGAUCCCAGACCGCGUCCAACUCUACAGCUUCGGCUCCACACCACUUUUCUGGCAGCACAUGGACGACCCGAUAAUACCGCAUCUGAAAGUCGUGCACCAGUACCCACAAUGCUUCCAGCAUAUUCGCAUCGAUCGUGGUGCCAUCAGAUUUGUGUUGAGUGGUGCAGCACUCAUGGUGCCGGGGUUGACGAGUCCCGGCGGAAGACUCCCUGGUGGAAAGGAAGAGCCAUGGAACAACGGAGGGAAUGAGAUUGAGGCGGGUGACGUGGUUGUCGUGGAUGCAGAGGGCAAAGAGAAUGCUUGUAUGGUGGGUGUAUUGAGCGUGGGCACCAAGGAAAUGAAAGAGAAGAAGAAAGGACCAGGCAUCGAGGGAGGACAUUACGUGGGCGAUGGCUUGUGGAAGUUGGACUUGUGAGCAGUAUCUGGAUGGAAUGCACAGCAGUAUCCGCUCAGAGACGAAGACCUGGGUCAGCGUGCCCUGCGAAGACACAUGGAGCGAGAGAUACACCCAGAGGAGUGGUCUAUGCCCAGCCAGGCACAAUAUGCAGGCGGUUGACAACCAACUGAAGGGUGCAAUACGUGCGGUCUCCAGUACUUACGCACUUACAUGCCCGACUCUCCCCAAGAGAAUUGCAAAAAGAUUGCAAGAGGGGACAGAAGGUGGUGACAGGAUGACAAUACCUGAUACAAUCGCAAAAUUCGUUAUCAACUCUACUGCGAGUCCACAGGUAUCCGCAGCGUGCCAGCAAAUAUCUUCGCCCUAGCUGUUCGGGAAAAGGCUCACUGCGUUCAAAGGCAGGAAUCCGAAACAAUCGAAUAUCGACGUGCCGUUCACCCAGUUAUUGCUGAGUCUUGACAACACGCCCGCAGUACCUCCUUCGCAGAUCGAACGGGGUCGUCCGCCGAGAAUUUGGAUUGCCCUCUCCCAUCCCAUCGAGUUCAUA